GUUAGUUAAACUUGGUAGACCGGUGGAACAGCAACGUGGACCGCAACAAACGUGACAGAAAUGAAACCAAAGAUUUCGUCGCUGCUGCUUCUCCUAUCAGCAAUUGCGGAGGCGAGCUCUGGCGAACACCAAAGCACUAACGAGAGAGGAAUAUUCUCUGGCUAUGCCGACAGUUCCAGCUGGAUGCAGGGAAUCACUAGCAGAACGGUGGAAAAGGAGUGCCAUGAUUUUAGCCAGAUAGCAAGGUGGAUUAAUCACCGCGUGGUGGUGACCGGGAAACUUACGCGGUUCAAUCAGCACCUGGGCCAACUGCUCCUCGCUCUCAAUGACACCGCGCCGAUCGAGCGCUGCUGCUUCUACGAAAAAGCUACUAUGGACAAGAUUAUGGUGUAUUUAAACGGCAUAGCCAAACACAAAGGUAUUUCGGAGAAGCUGCAGGUGCAAGGCAGUUCCCUUAAGUCAAGCGGUGAGUUGGGACAGGACCUGGACAACAUUCUGAACCAGAUGGGAAAACUCAUACGCCGGAACUUAAAGAGCUGUUGUGAUCAGCUGGCUGAGGACCUCAAGCAACAGGAAGCGGACCUACAGAAACAAUUGGAGGAGCUACGAAAGAAACUGGAAAAUUCGAAUGGCAAGCAUGGCAAGACGAUGGGGGAGCUGCAAAAAAAGGAAGCAGUCCUAGAGAAGCAACUGGAGGAUUCACGGGCACAGUUGGAAAAGUUUGAAGAGCAGUUAAUGAAGAGUGGAGACAGUUUCAUCGCCAAAUGUUGCGCCAGACUCGACAAGAAAUUACAGGAUUUAGAGAGACAAGCGACGACAGUCAAGAAUGAGGGAAUCGAAAAGGCCAAGGAACUGGAAAAAAAGUUAGACGAUCUAAAAGAUGGACAAAAAGAUCAGGAAGUCAAAUUGAAUGACAUCCAGAAAACAAUUAGCAAAAUAUCGGAGAACAUAUCAAACGCCACUGACAUGUGCGCAGAGAAGUGCGGCAGUAGAUCGAAUGAUGAAUCAAACCCAGGCACAUCCGAUUUAGAAAACAGAAUUGAAGCCGUAAAGAAAAAAGUCAAUUAUCUUUCCAAAAGGAUUGCUGAUCUGAUCCCUUCGGAAGGGAUCGUGAAAGAGAAUAUAAAAUCUUGUCAAGAUAUUGGGAAAAUUUUGGUGAAAAUAGAAACUCUGCUUCAGCAGGCUGUGAAAGGAAAGAAUCCAUCCGGGAAAAGCAGUAAGAAUGAGAUCUCAUCUCAUCUCACUGAUGAUAAGCUCAAAAUACGCGUCGAGGAUCUCGAAAAGCAAGUGAACAAGCUGCACAUAGAGGUAGGAAGGUCCAGGCACUGCUGUAAAUUCCUCGACGGUAUCGGAAAUGAUUCAGAUGAACUAAAACUGAAUGUCGACAAACUAAAUGUAACCUUCACCGAUCACAUUAGUGAUUUGGAAAAGAAAGCGGAGCUUCUUAGAAAAAGUAUGGACGAAGCCCUUGAAAAAAUAAAGAAGCUUGGAACUCACAAAGCCUCUGUUAAUGGCAGCGGAAGUGGCGACCUGCAAAUGGACAUUGACAGACUUCAACAGAAUCUGGACAACUCUACGAGAGACAUAGAGAGUCUUCAAACUCAGCUGGAUAAAAUAAUGGGUCACAUUUCGGUGCUAACAAAAACUAUCAAGGAUAAGUUCGUCAUGACAGAAGAUCUCAAGAUUCGGCUGCUUCGCUUGGAGAAAGUUUGCGAGGACCUAAAAAAGGAUGUUGAAAAGGACAUGAAGCUAGUGAAGCGCAUAGAUGACCUGGAGAAACGCCUUCAUAAUGCGUUAGAAAAACAGAAGACGCUGGAGAUCCAGGUUAAAAGUUGCCUUACCAAGUGCAGCGCCAUGAACUCGAUCGAUGAUCUCAUUGAUCGCAUUGAGGAUCUGGAGAAAGUGGUCGCAACAGCCACAACUACACGGCCAACAACACGCAAGAGGAAAAAGUCCGUGACUACUACAACGGAGAUAGUGGCUUGGGUUGGCGGAAUUGAUAUGGUGACCCCAUUCGUUCAAGAAUAA